UGCCGUGCCAGUGCGUGGGGCCGAGCUGUGCCGCAGCCGGUGCGUGGGGCGGCGCGGCCGCAUGAGACGGUGAAGCGGAGGCGCGGGAUGGCGGCGGGGGUCGGUGGGCGGCCGCCGGGCCCCGACUCCUCUCUGGAGCCGUACGUGCAGACCCGCAUCUUCAAGAUCAUUGUGAUCGGAGACUCGAACGUGGGCAAGACGUGCCUGACCUUCCGGUUCUGCGGGGGCACCUUCCCCGGGCAGACCGAGGCCACCAUCGGUGUGGACUUCCGCGAGAAGACGGUGGAGAUCGAGGGGGAGCGCAUCAAGGUGCAAGUGUGGGACACAGCUGGCCAGGAGAGGUUUCGGAAGAGCAUGGUGGAGCACUACUACCGCAAUGUGCAUGCUGUCGUCUUUGUUUAUGAUGUCACAAAGAUGUCGUCCUUCACCAACCUCAAGACAUGGAUUGAGGAGUGCAAUGGGCAUGCGGUGUCCCCCACUGUCCCUAGGGUGCUCGUUGGCAACAAGUGUGACUUGAAAGACCUGAUCCAAGUGCCAUCCAGCAUGGCCCUCAAAUUCGCCGACGCUCACAAUAUGCUUUUGUUUGAGACCUCGGCCAAGGACCCUAAGGAGAGCCAGAACGUGGAUGCGAUCUUCAUGUGCCUGGCCUGCCGGCUGAAGGCGCAGCGCUCGCCGCCCUGCCGGGACCUGGAGGGCUGGUCGGGCCAGGCCCGCAGGCUGGAGCCAGCGCACACCACCAGCAGUAAAACCUGCCCGUGCUGAGCGGGACCGGCGGCACGGCCCCGGCCGCGUUCAUCCCAAUAAAGUCUCUGCGGCUCC